AUGAACAGUAGACCUGCACCUCAUUACCACUUUAACACUGUCAUCUUAAAUCAUGUGAGAGCCAAUCGCGUUGCCUAUUUCUACCAAAUAUCUACCAAGAUUUGACCAGUUUAGCCUCCUUCCACGAUUUGACCAAUCAUAACUGAAUGAAUUGACUAAGAGGAAACGAUUUAGCCUUACGGGCUAUCAUUGUUUUUGUUUUGUUUCAUUAUUUGUGUUGUACGUACUUAGUAGUAGCCAGAUCACUGUUUAUAUGGGCAUAUCUCUGAAGUAAGACUUUUGCAUAGUUUUUACCUGUUUGCUGAGUUGGAUGGGAGACGGGCGGUCCCGAACAGACCCCGGGUGCUCCCAUGGACGCCACCAGCAAAGGGGGGCGUUGGCCUAAUCCUGCUCAGGGACCGUCUUUUCACUGCCAACAGGUUACUUCCAGUCCCAGGGACCACCCCACUGACUUGUCUAUCAAGGCCUCAGCCAGACAGCAGUUCAGAUGAACUCCUCCUCAACACCUUCAAAGCUUUUGAACUACACCCCCUGCCUCCACUGUCCUAUGCUACCUCCGCCCCAACUCAACCACCUGCCCAAAACCACUAGGACCUGAAAGCUGAGUCCCUCUCAGGCCUGACCACAAAAUGACAGACUUGCUGUAUAUUAAAGGACCCGGCCCAUGCGUCCUCUCCCGGUCACCUCCCUCUCUAUGAGCCUUUAUAAGUCUCUCACACAGAGGGGGCACUACUUUCCAAAGAGGGACCGUGCUCAAGCAUCUGGAAGGCUCGCCGGUUUGCAUACGCACCUAUUCACCCAUAGCCAGGGAUCUUCUGUCUAAACGCUAACCAUGGACAACCAUUCGUACAACUUCCCCUCAGACUGCACCCCGCUCACCAACUGUAAGUCUGCCCGUAAGCCGGCUGGAUCCACCGUGGUGAACAUGGGCAACGCUGGCAAGAAUGCUCCCCGGGACUAUCUAGUCUGGUCGCUGUGCAACACCUUGUACGUUAACUUCUGCUGCCUGGGAUUCAUGGCUCUCGUCUACUCCAUCAAGGCCAGGGACCAGAAGACUCAGGGCAACCUGCAGCUGGCCCAAGAGUGCUCAGACAAGGCUAAGUGGUACAACAUCCUGGCAGCCGGCUGGAACCUGCUGAUUCCACUUCUGGCCAUCGUCCUGCUCGUCCUCCUGCUCAUCCACCUGGGCACGUCCGAGGGCUCCUUUGACUUCUUCGGGGAGGACGGCUUCCAAAACUUCAUGAAACUGUUCAGCUGGUAAACGGAGGCAUAGGGAGAGAAAAAAAAAACACACACACAAAGUCAACCCAUGCACACUAACCGGGAGAGGGUAUUUGAUUGGAUGCAGCAGAUGAGGACUAGCUGACAUAAUAGUGCUUAAGAAUUUUAGCCAGUCUGAGCCAAGCAAUAAAGGAAAUCUACAUGGAAAUCAGGACCAGCGCUGGUCUAAAAUCUGCUCAGCACUAAAAUGUCCUCUUUGUGGUGCACCAGUACUAAUGCUGGUAUUAAAAAUUAAAGA